UUACCGUCCUGUGGGCGUCAGGGCCAUCUUGGUUUGUUUAUUUAUGUUUUCUUUUGGACUCAAUUAGGACAAAAAUCAAUUCAAAACUUCAAAAAAACAUUCCGUGGCAUACAAUCUCUCAUAUUUUCGAGUAAGUUAGCGUUUAGUGCUUCAAAAAAGUGUCAAAAAAUGCUGUGAAUGCAAACACCCCCACUCCAGAUGCAAAUUGACGUUUGUAAUGGCUGACAUAUUCACGAAAGUCAGCUGUACCUAUUGCCAGGAAGAGAUAAACGGGGUUCGAGUGCAAUGCUGUGUGUGUCCUGAAUUCGAUACUUGUCUGCAGUGUUUUGCUGUUGGGGCAGAAAUUGGGCCACAUAAAAAUGACCACUCAUAUAAAUUUGUUGAUCAUUGUGCUGCAAGUAUUUUCGGUGGUAAAGGAGCUUGGACAGGGAGGGAAGAAUUAUUAUUAUUAGAUGCUGUAGAAUUGUAUGGGUUUGGUAAUUGGGAUUUAGUAAGCAACCAUGUCGAAACAAGAACUACAGAGGAAGUAAGAGAUGAAUACAUCUCUCGCUACUUGGAAGGCAACAUCGGUAAAGCAACAUGGGCUGAAUUGGAAAACCACAGGCCAAUUCUCUACGAUCAUGUACCUGAAGACAGUGGGCCUCUGUCCCCUGUUGCCACAUCUCGAUUACCACCUCUCGAGGUCACCCCUGAAGAAGCCAGAUUGUUAGGUUAUAAACCACAUCGGGAUGACUAUGAAAGGGAAUACAACAUGGAGGCCGAGCAGCUUGUUUCGAAGCUGCAGCUAGAUACGAACGAAGAUACUGACUUGGAAGUUGCUUUGAAGCUUUCAAUGGUGGAUAUUUAUACCAGAAGACUGAGGGAGAGGGCGAGACGAAAAAGGAUUGUCAGAGAUUAUCAGUUGGUAUCAAAGUUUUUUGCCAAUUUGAGAAAGGAUCCACCUAAAAGGCCUUUAACCAAAGAGCAAAGAGAUUUGAGGGAAAAAACGCGCGUUUUCGCGCAAUUUCUGACUUCCGGCGAGCACGACCGAGUGAUAGCGAGCAUAGAACGCGAAAGGGAGCUGCGUCAUCGAUUGAGCGAACUGUUGCGGUACAGAUCCUUGGGGCUCACCACUCAAGAGGAAAUAAUUCACUAUGAGCAGCAUGCGGCCUUUCAGAGGCAGCAGCAGGUGCGGCAAAGCAAAUCUGGCAGCAGUGGCUAUGUAAUGUCAAUGCCUCAGGACUCCCCAACAGAAAACGGAAACGGCGAAAGCGACCAAAAUUCCACCGAAAGAAGGUACACGUGGCACACAGAAGACGCAUGCGCGAGCAGCUUAUCAACGCACAGCAGCUCGAGCCGGAAGCCUGACAACGUCGCAACCCCCCCAACAACAAUGGCAACACCGCGUCCGCCGCCGAACGCGCAGCCGGCGGAAAAUUUGCUCUCGCAAAACGAGAUACAAUUUUGCACAACUUUAAACAUUCAACCAAUUCAUUACAACACCUUGAAAUCUCUCAUUAUUCAGGAAAACUUGAUGAACCCUUUGAAGCACCAAAUAGACGAAACAAAAGAAGCGACAGUCAAAGAUGCAGUUACCCAAUAUUUAAGUUUUUGUGGUUGGUUGCCUGGUUAACAUGGCCGAUUGUAUUAUAGCGAAUUUAUUUAAUUAAAUUGUUUAUAUUAAACGUAGGAAUUUGAAAAAUUGUUGUUGCGGCGUUGCGAGAUUGUGCAAGAUGGUAUUUCUACAAAUUUUACACACAAAUUAUGUUUUUUGAUUGCAUUUUUUAUUUUUUAAGGAUACCAUUAUGUUAAAGACUGUUUGUAUAGUAUUAAUUUUUAAGUGGAAUAAAAUGAUGAUAAUGACUGAA